CUGAUAAAUACCACAGAGGACCAGGGAGGGUCUAUCUGCCUAACUUUCCUUCCCUAAGCAGAGUCUUUUCUCCACUCACACCACCUCAGUGCAACCAUGUCUGUCAGAGCCGUGAAGACCACUACCCUCUCCACCGUGUCGUCCUCCAGGGGCCCCAGCCAGGGCUACAGCAGCCGCUCAUUUUCUGGCUAUGGGGGCCGUGGUGUGGGGAGUGCCAAGCAGAACUAUGCUGUCCGCAGCUCAUACGGAGGUGUGGGCAGCAGCGGGGCAGCUGUGGGAACUGGGGGGUUCAGGGUGGUCAGUGGGUUCGCGGCUGGUGGAUCUGGACACAGAGGAGAUGGAAUGGAGUUUGGCUACGCGGGCUUCGGUGGAGGCCUGGGAGGAUGCAUGGCCAAUGAUAUGGUGGUCCCCAUCACGGCAGUGACAGUGAACAAAAGCCUGCUGGCCCCCUUGAACCUGGAGAUCGACCCCACCAUCCAGGCGAUCCGCAUCCAGGAAAAGGAGCAGAUCAAGACCCUAAAUAACCGUUUUGCUUCCUUCAUUGAUAAGGUACGUUUCCUUGAGCAGCAAAACAAAAUGCUCGAGACCAAGUGGAAGCUCUUGCAGGAGCAAACCACGUCUCAUUCCAACAUCGAUGCCAUGUUCGAGGCCUAUAUAGGCAACCUCCGCAAGCAGCUGGACAACCUGGGGCAUGAAAAACUCAAACUGGAAUCUGACCUCAAUCACAUGACAGGCCAGGUGGAGGACUUCAAAAACAAGUAUGAAGAAGAAAUCAGCAGGCGUAAUGAGUGUGAGAACAAUUUUGUUCUCAUGAAAAAGGACACAGAUGCUGCCUACAUGGUCAAAGUGGAGUUGGAGACCAAACUGGAUGCUCUUUCUGAUGAAAUCGAGUUCCUGAGGCAGCUAUAUGAUGCAGAAAUCAGUGAACUACAGAGCCAGAUAAAAGACAUAUCUGUGGUGGUAGAGAUGGACAACAGUCGUAAACUUGACAUGGAUGCCAUCAUAGCUGAAGUGAGGGCUCAAUAUGAAGAAAUCGCUAACAGGAGCAGAGCAGAGGCUGAGUCGUGGUACCAGAACAAGUUUGCAGAGAUGCAACAGUCUGUUGGUAAAUAUGGUGAUGACCUGAAGUCAACCAGGGCUGAGAUCGCUGACAUGAACCGUAAGAUAAUGCGCCUCCAAUCUGAAAUUGACAUGGUCAAAGCACAGCGAAACAGUUUAGAAGCUCAGAUUGCAGAGGUUGAAGAGCGGGGUGAACUGGCGGUGAAAGAUGCUAAGCUCCGGAUCAGAGACCUGGAAGAAGCCCUCCAGCGAGCGAAACACGAUAUGGCCCUGCAAGUCCGCCAGUACCAGGAACUGAUGAAUGUGAAGCUGGCUCUGGAUAUUGAAAUUGCUACUUAUAGGAAACUGCUUGAAGGAGAGGAGAGCAGGUUAGCAACCGGAAUCACAACAAAUGUGACCAAGCAAACUUCUUCCAACUACAACGCAUACUGCCUGGAGAGUUCUCACAUCCCGUCCUAUGUUAGCUCGUCCUUUGAUGGAAUCAAAUCUACCAGUGGGACGGUCUCAGCCCUCGAAGGCGCUACGAUGAAAAGCACCACGAUAACCAAGACCGAAACUGUGACAGUCAAGAAUGAAGAGAUUAAGAAGGAGGAGGAACAGAAGGAGCAGCCGGCAGCGAGUGAGGAGCCAGCUGCUGUGGAGAAGAAGGAGCAGGAGGAGGCAGAAGCUGGGGCAGAAGAGUGAUGUUUCAACAAUGCUUCAGAGAAUACAUCACUGAUGACGGAAAAUAAGGAAAAUCACAACUGUUUUACCUACUGAGAGAUAAUUGUUUCCUUCAGUAAGUGUUUGAUUGUAAGAGGAAAUGCAGUUUCAAUCCUGUUUUCUCCAAUAAGGCCGUCCUUAAUAAUUUUUACGUGAAUACAUUUAUAGCUGUCAGAUUUAGUCACUGUCUAAUGUUCAGCAGUUUCUGUACCACGUUUCUUCAGGCAGCAGGUGGCACUAUUAUAAAGCUCUGUGGUGUGAACCUGCAGUUUGAGAAAGAAGUCAUUUGGAGAGAAAAAAAACAUUUACCAAACCGCACUAUAAAAAGAUAUUCAUAAAAGUCCCCAUGUCUUCUGUUGUUGUUGGCAGCACUCUGAAUCACAACAAUAAAUGAUCUUCUGACAUAAAAAAACACA